AUUCAAAAUUCACUAAGUUAAACGCGUCGCGUGCGUUCGGACGUGUGCUCUUUAUGCUUUCCGUUGACGUCAUCUGAGACUCGAGCUCCGUUUCAUUAACCUCACUAAUAUCUGCUGUGUACGAAGUUCUUUUUUAAAUUCGAAGCCCAUUGAAACUUUCGUUCGUCGUUACUUUCUCAAUUGGUUAAUUGUGAAGUUUAUUCGAAUGAAGGUUUUACUCCGUUAGGAGUAUAACGAUUGAAAAUUUGCUGCCAUUUUCUGAAAUGUUGCACAAAGCAAAAUUUUAAUUCUACAUGUCAAGAAAGGGCACAUCAACUAGUAAUCCAAAAAUAAACAAUAUAAAAAGUGCAUUUUUUAAAAGUGUGAAAUCGAGGACUAGCCGGUCCUUGAUGAACUCCACAAGUUACAAUCCUUACGCUCUCACACUUUGUAUAUCAAAAAUCUCUUGUCGCUAUUCAGCUAGAGACCCACGAUUAAGAAAUUGGUCCAGAGAACUAAUCGUCUCUUCGACGUAGACGAUCGCAUUUUGGACAUUGAAUCCAAAUUGCACCUUUCUGUGUCAGUAGAAAAGAUUCAGAAAGAGAGAGUAGUGAGUGAGAACGUACUUGGAUUUGUACUUCCCAGCGUUUCCAACACUAAUGGACACGCAAAGUGCCUACGCAAAUGGCAUCCCAGGUAAAGAUAAAGUUAUCAAGUAUGAAUCUAAAGUACCGUCUGAAGAGGAGAAGAAUACGUCACCGUUACUCAUUAAAACGAAUGACAUUAAAUACAUUGAUUCGGUGAAUGAUGACAGAAACUAUUUGAGAGAUUCGGACAAGUCUAAAAACGAUCUCAAUACAAUAAAUUCGAUGAAGACGGAAGAAAAUGAUUUUAAAGAUAACAAUCUUACUGUAGCGUAUCGCAAGGAUGAUAAAAAUGAUGACGACGCGAAGUCAACGAACGAAAGAGUUAAAUUCAUGGGAUUGAGCGAUGCUGACAGUAUUUGUUCCAGCAAACCAUCACCUGAACAGGGACCUCAGAUACCAGAUGGAGGAUGGGGAUGGGUGGUAGUGGCUGCCUCAUUUCUUAUUGCAACUGUAGCAGAUGGACUUGCAUUCUCAUAUGGCUUAUUACAAAUCAAGUUUGUAGAUUAUUUCGAGGCAAGUGAAGCUAAGACAUCCUUAAUUGGAAGUCUCUUCAUAUCAGUUCCGUUAAUAGCUGGGCCAAUAAUGAGUGCGCUUGUAGAUAGAUAUGGAUGCAAAAAAAUGACAAUUGUUGGUGGUGUAUCAUCAACUAUAGGGUUUGUUGCUGCGUCUUACAGUAAUAGUGUGGAGACCUUAUACAUAACAUAUGGAUUGAUUGCUGGCUUGGGUAUGGGUUUGUUAUAUGUAACUGCUGUCGUAUCGAUUGCAUACUGGUUUGAGAAAAGACGUAACUUAGCUGUCGGCUUAGGUUCAUGUGGAGUCGGCUUUGGUACAUUUGUUUAUUCACCUUUGACAACUUAUUUAUUGGACGAAUACGGAUGGAGAGGUGCUUUAUUACUUUUAGCUGGAACAGUACUUAACGUUUGCGUAUGUGGAGCUGUAAUGCGAGAUCCGGAAUGGUUAAUCUUGGAACAGAAAAAACAGAGAAGAUUAAGUAAAGCUAAAAGAGCAUCAAGUUCCACGUCUAUUUCAGCAAAGUCAGGCGGUGGAGAAUCUAUGUACCCCGGUGCUGAUGAGUUAAAAACUAUGAUUAACAGUGGUGAGGCCCCAGAGCAUAUUCUUGCUGCAUUAUUGUCUGCUAUUGCUGAUGCCGAGGAUGUUGAAGCCAUUACAAAAAGAAAUGCUGACUUAUCGAGUCAACAUAAAGUUAAUUCGGUUAUUAAUUUACCAACGUUUCUACUACAAAAUGAAAGGGUACCACCUGAGGUUAUAGAUCAGCUUAAAUCUAACGAUCGACUGUACAACAUAAUACUGCAAAACUAUCCUUCUCUACUAGCUUUACGAACCAGUUCAGAGACGAAACUACCAACAGGAUCUAACAAAGAAAAACUGAAGAAAAAUAAAAAAAAAGAUUUCGAUAAAAAACUUGAGAUAGUUCGAGAGAAGUUACUUCAGCCGAUUCCCGAGAAUAAUGCAGCUGUAAUACCCCCCAGACGUCAAGAUUGGUUCUCCAGGCAAAUUCAAACGGACCACCAUUACUUAAAAGACAUUAGAGUUCAUCGCAAUUCAAUCAUGCACCGAGGAGCCAUGAUGAAUAUAGCCAAAUAUAAACUUCGUGCGUCAUCAUGUCCUGACAUUUAUAAAAACUCGAUGUGGUCAGUCGAAGAACCGGAAGAAAAGACUUGGGGUAAGAGAUUCCUGAAGAUGAUCAAUAAAACAUUCGAUUUCAAUAUGUUCACUGAGUUCCAUUUCCUCAUGAUGAAUCUAUCGACGCUGGUGCUGUUUAUUUGGUUUAUCGUGCCUUACUUCUUUAUAUCAACCUUCAUGGAAGACAAUGGUUACACUGAAACCGAAGGUUCUAUGAUGUUGGGUGUAUUUGGCGUAGCUACUAUUAUUGGCAUUGUGGGACUUGGUUGGAUCGGCGAUCUUCCAUGGGUGAACAUAACGAAAACUUAUGCUGUGUGCCUGGUGGCUUGUGGCGUUACAAUUGUCCUGUUCCCAAUUUUGAUACGAAUAAUGGAUGCUAAAGAAACUUACAGCUUCUAUAUAUUGGCGUUAAAUUCUUUAAUAUUCGGCUUAACAUUCUCCAGCUCGUACUCCUACACGCCGAGUAUAUUGGUUGAGUUGAUUGCUUUAGAAAGGUUCACUAUGGCAUAUGGUUUGGUUCUACUGAGUCAAGGAAUUGGACAUUUGAUUGGACCACCAAUGGCCGGUGCUCUGAAAGACAAAACUGGUUAUUGGGAUGCAGCGUUUUACGUAGCCGGUAUAUGGGUUGUUGUAUCUGGUUUGCUUGUAGCAGUAAUUCCUUACACAAAGAACUUUAGAAUAAUUGGAAACGCACCUCUUGCGAAAGAUGUCGCCGUGGACCCUGAACCAGGAGUGAAGAUAAUUAUAGCCCAUUAAUUUAAACUUGGAUCGUUAAAAUUUAAUAUUGACAAGCUGACAGUAACUAUUGCUAGGUAGUUUUUAAUAUACGUUACGUACUUUACGGUUUUGUGAAAAUAUAAUAUAAUCAUUAUUUUUUAUAAAUUAUAUUGCUACAUGGCAACAUUUAUAACAGCCAUAUUAAGAUGAUUUGACAUUUACUUAAUGUAUGUUUUGUUUAGCUUUAGCUUAGCUAUUUGAUAUUUCUUGUUUUGCCGCAAGUAAAACUUAAUUAUAGGCUUUUUGUGGAUUAAAAUCUAGCUAUUUACAUAUUUUUUAAAGCAUUUGUACUUAUUGUAUGAGUAAAUUUUGUUGCGUUUCAUUCAUUAUAGUUUGCAUUUUUUGUGUUAGUGUAUUCAGUGCUUAAAGAAAUCACGAACAAUUUUUCAACAUUGUAUCAUUUUUUGCUUUCAACCUGAGGUGAUUAUAGGAUUUAGUGCCAACGCAGUGUGGCAACACAGUUUGAAAAUGUUCCUCUUGUGGAGACUCAGCUUUACAGUUACUAUUGUUACAUUAGUAAUAGUAUUUACUUACAACAGAGUGAAGUGUGUAUGGAAUAUAAAAAUAAAUAAUUAUGAAUAAAGUCA